AUGGGAAACGAAGCAAGUCAAUGCGAUCCCUCCCUUAUUCUCAAUACUAGUUCAAGGCAAUUUUUCGAAAAUGUUCAGUCAAUUCUCUCAUCACCUCAAGAAAACUCUUCAAAAGCUAAAUUAAUUGGUAAAUUAGCCCGUAUAAUGUAUGAUUCUUUAAAGCAUACUCCGGCAGAAGAAAAGGAGUUCAGUUUAAUUAUUACUGGUCAAAAUAUUGGCCCCACAUUUUUUGAUUGUUUGUGGCCAAAACUAAAUAUACCAGCAAACCUGACUAAAAUUUCAUUCCGCAACAGUGGAUUAAAGAAGGUUCACUGCCCGAAAAUUGCACUUCUUCUUACAAAUGUUCCAACGUUAAGGCAGCUCGAUGCAAGCGAAAAUGACUUUGGAGACUCUGCAGUUUGCAUCAUCAAGGCAGCAACAGGCCAUCCAAACCUUGUUUCAUUACAGUUGGAAGAAUGCAAACUUACAGAUUCAAUUUCAAACGAACUUAUCGAUUUAUUAAAUUACAAUCGCAAACUUGAGACACUCAGAAUAGCUCCAUUCAAAUUAACAGGUCCAACCGGCAACAAAAUCAAGACAGCAGCCCUGAAUAACCAACAUUUAACAAAUAUUUCGAUAAACCAAAUGAUCGAUCCCACGACAGCAGCAGUUUCGGAUCGUAACAAUUUCAUUUUCGAGUUCGUAGAUUCCAUCGCUCGCUCUCCAUACCAACGCCAAUUCCGUACAAAGAUUGAUGCUUUCAAAUCUGUUAAAGGCCGUGAGAUGCUUAUGGGCAGAGCUAAGCAGAAAGAGACUGCCCGAGGCACAGACCUCUUUACCCGUCUCGAACAAGUCGAUGAACGCGCUCGUACAAAAGAAUCCAACGAAUCCGUUGAAAAAACCGACAAAUUACGUAGCGGCCAUGCCGAGACAAUCGGUCGCCGUCCUGCGAUGGAAGAUGUUUCCAUCAUUCUUCCGAAUAUGCCAACCGCCGAUUCCUCUCUCUUCGGCGUUUUCGAUGGCCAUGGUGGCAGAGAGGCCGCCGAGUUCGCCUCUCAGCAGCUGCCGAAGUCUAUUGCCGAAUACCUCAAGCGCGGCGACUCCCCGGCCGACGCCUACAAGCAGGCAUUCCAGAAGACACAAAUGGACAUGCGCCCGUGGUGCGUCUACGUCGGCUCCACCUGCUGCCUCGCACAGAUCUCAUCCACGACGAUCACGGUCGCAAAUAUCGGAGACACGAGGGCUGUUUUGUGCAGGGAUGGAAAAGCUCUCAGGCUGUCCGUCGACCACAAACCGUACUUGCCGGAGGAGCAGAACUACGUGGAGAGCAGAGGUGGAUUCGUGAGAGACGGAAGAGUCGGUGGAAUGCUCGCUGUGUCUAGAGCGUUCGGUGAUGGAUUCCUGGGUGAUUCUAUAAAUCCAGUUCCGCAUUUCGUUGAAGAGAAACUGACACCAGCGGAUCAGUUCUUGAUAAUCGCAUGCGAUGGAGUUUGGGAUGUGAUUCCUGACCAGAAGGCUUGCGAUAUUGUGCUCGGCGAAAUCGAUCCUUUGUCAGCAGCAAAAAAGCUAAGAGAUACUGCGUUUGAACUAGAGUCUUCUGAUAAUAUUUCAGUUAUUGUUGUUUCUUUCUCCGAACUUCAAGCUAGUCGCGAAUAA